AUGUAUGGUAUUUCAGAAGAUUUUUUGUCUGGAAGGGUGGUAAGGAGCAUUUUUGUUCCAGAGAAAGGUGACUAUUCCGAUGAUGAAUUGAACCUGCUUGAUGACGCUGAAUUUGAGGACGAGUCCCUGUGGGAAAGAAUUUUUGGACUUACAGAAAUGUUUCCGGAAUCUUUUAGAUCAAAAGUAUCAGAUGUCACGAAAACCUUUACGUCGUGUUCUUCGACAUUGUAUGCAGUAUCUCGUCACAUUGUCUGGUUUGGUGUUACCACAUCUGUUGUAUGUUUUCUGCCCUUGUCCAUCGAACUCUUCUUGUGGCAGCAGAACGAUAAGGAGGCUCUAACUCACCGCGCUAUGCUUCUUGGUCCACAAGCUAGUGGCGGAGGCCUUGUUCCCGGAUUUACUUCAGUCGCCCCUCAGCUAACCCCUGCCAAAUAG